AAGAAACUAAUCUCAUCUCCGUCUCAUUGUCUUCUCUAUCUAAAUUGUCUGCAAAAUUCAACAUGCCAACGCCACUUCCUUUCUCUUCUUUUCUCAUAUUUUUCUUGGGAGCCUCCCUCAUUUUCACACCUCCAUCAUCUUCUUCUUCCUUCGACACCUUCCUCUUCGCCGGCUGCACCCUUCAAAAAUACACUCCCAAUUCCCCUUACCCUUCCAAUCUCAACCUUCUCCUCUCCCGCCUCGUCACCACCUCCGCUACCAUCCCUUACAACAACGUCACCGUCCUCGGCUCCUCCCCACAGGACACCAUCUACGGCCUCUACCAAUGUCGUGCCGACCUCGCCCCCAACGACUGCUACCAGUGCGUCACUCGAGCUGUCACACGCCUCGGGACCAUGUGCACCGACGCAUACGGCGCUGCGCUGCAGUUGGACGGCUGUCUCGUCAAGUACGACAACAAACGCUUCUUUGGAGUGGAGGACAAGACGGUUGUGGUGAAGAAAUGUGGGCCGUCGAUUGGGUCUGACUUGGACGCGUUGACUGGCCUUGAUCCUGCUCUCGCGCAGUUGGUUACCGGUGGUGGGACCUACAGAACUGGUGGGGCCGGCGAUGUACGGAGUGUGGCGCAAUGCGUUGGUGAUUUGAGCGUGGGAGGGUGUCAGGAUUGUAUAUCUGAAGCCAUCCGACGGCUUAAAUCAGCUUGUGGACCUUCCGCUUGGGGAGAUUUAUUUUUGGGCAAAUGCUACGCGCGGUUUACUAGAGGUGCAACUCACGCGGACGGAAAUGAAGAUGGAUAUGGAUAUGAUGCAAAUGGAAAUGAUGAUUCAAAGGAUAAUAACAAUAAGACCAACAAGACAAUAGCGAUCAUUGUUGGACUCAUUGCCGGUAUUGCCUUGCUCAUCCUAUUUAUCACUUGGCUCAACAAAAGAUAUGAAAAAGGCCAUGGUUGUAGAUAAGUUGUGGUUGUCUGGUCAAUUCUGUAAUUUCACACCGACCCACUUCCAUUUGGGAAUGCCCUCUCUCUCUCUUUGCGCUGAGGAAGCAAAC